CCUUUCAAAAUAGGUCACAUUUACUCUCUGUAAAUAAAAUGUACAUAUUCUAUUUUUUUUUAUUUAAUAAUUUGUUAUUAACUAUUGAUCUCAAGCAAAAUUAUGGUUAAAGAGAAAUAAAAACAAGAAGGUCACAACUUUGAACUGAAACCAUGAAAUUGAUCUAUGCGAACUAAACAGAAUUGGAUAUCAACAAAAGAAUCGAAUUUCCUAUUCUCCUGCACAUCCCUAUUACCCCAAUUUGCCACCAACCAUAACGCACCACCACAUCGACACCCACUGUCGGUGUUUGUAAGACGCCCUCCGACGACGACGAAGCCGACUACCGUUGACGACGACGAAGCCGGCGACGACGACGCGAAGGUAUACAAAACCGCUGAUGAUCGUUCGAUCAGUCUCUAAUAGUGAACCUCCAUGAUAAUUGAGUGAGUGAGGUAUCGGGCGGUGCUCCACGGUUAGUGUGACCCCUCGUGGACUUGUGGAGUGAAAAUCGACCGCUGUGACCCCUUUUGCAAGAGUGGAACGGAGUUUGCCGGUGUGCUACGGUGUGGCCCGGUUGGCCCGACACGGAAGAAUUUCAAGCCCUGGGACGAAGCGUCGCCGGUGUGAUACAGUGUGGCCCGGUCGCCGCUAAAGACGCUGGGCGCUGCAACCAGGAGUAGAAGAAUUUUCCCUCUGAAGAAACCAUUUCGAAGAAGCGUUGCCGGUGUGCUACGGUGCGGCCCGAGUGGCCCGGUACGGAAGAGAUUCAAACCCUGUGACGAAGCGUUGCCGGUGUGCUACAGUGUGGCCCGGUCGCCGCUAAAGACGCUGGGAGCUGCGACCUGGAAUUGAAGAUUUUUCCCCUGAAGAGACCCUUUCGAAGAAGCGUCGUCGGUGAGCGGAGUGGCCCCGCCCGGAAGCAUUCGUUUUCAUCGUUCAGCUGCUAGUAAAGGUUUCGAGCACCGACGCCACGAUGCCGCCCUGUUCGGGUGCGAAUGUGCUGCCACGCACGGAGGUGCCGCCAUUGCUGAGGAGGAUCCCCUCAUGUACAAACUAAAGGUGUGUAAAUUAUUUUCCAUACUUUCCUUUUUCCCUCAUGCCACUAUGUAAAACGUGAAAUGCCAAACUAAUUAAAUCGAAUAAUGUAAACUAGAAAUUUUAAUACCUUUUUGAAUUUAGACACUCUGAGCCCUGAUUUCCUCCAUCUUUCGCGAGACAGUUCGCUUUGGUCAAAUUUUGACGUAGGACUACGUCCGAGUUUUUUUUGGGAAGUUGUUCCGCUAACCGCCCAAUUUCCUCUUGGAGCCUAAUUAAACGACCCUGAGGCGAAGGAGAAAGCCUGGGGGCCACAAAAGGGUGGCCCGACAAAAGAUUUUCUAACAAUUGGCGCCCAACGCAAAAUAAAAAGAAAAGGUUUCCAUUUUGACCUUAAAGUGGAACCCUUUUCAGAGUAGCUCCGGGAGGAAUUGGAAUCCAUUAUUCCAAUUGUUCUUUUUAUGAGAGGUGAACUGAUUUGUAUCGAAAUAGUAUUGUGUAAAAGGAAUUCCUUUGUUCUUUUGGAAUCGUUCGGAUGAUGAGAACUACUGCUGUGAAUCGUUCUUUUCCUUUCGAUUCGUCUUUAUAAAUCAGUUUCUUCUCUUUAUAAAAAAAAACUGAAUUAUUCUAUUAGUAGAGUUAAAUAAAUUAGUAGUGAAAUUUUGCUUCAUUAAAUACACCGUGCUUCAAAUUUAAGAUUUUCUUGUAAAUAUUUUUCCUUUUUUUACUUUUAUACUUUUAUAGUGUCUAGCUUAGCAUAAAUUAUGCUGAACUAGUUUAUUAUUUUUAUUUUUUAGUUUUUUUGUGUAUUUUUUCUUAAUUUAAUAGAAAUAAGCUAUUAUUUAAGCCACUUUCUCGUUUAUUUUAGCGAAAAGUAGCUGUAUUGAUUCUUUUUGUAGUUUAAGCUUAUUUUGUCUAAUUAUUUUGGUUUCAUUUCGUUCUUUUUUUAAUUCUAUUUUACAUUCUCAUUGGAGAAAUGGCUGAAGCACACGAAACACAAUUUGCACACGCAGUUGAGAAGAUUCGGGAGUGGUACCACGGCUUAAGGGUGGACCAUUUGUCUCCAGAGGAGUUGGACUUCGAAACCAAUAUUCGAUCGAUCGUCAUUCGGGAUGAUCCCACCUACUCACGACGGCGAAGGUGGCUCCGUGAGCAUAUGAAAACUGAGAAGCAGAAUGAUACUAUUAUUGAAGAGGUAGUUUUAGAGGGGAAUGGUGAGGAAGUUGUACAGUUCUGUCGACGCAACUUCGACGAACUUUUUGCAGGAUUGCAGCAGAGCGAUAAGAAUUUAAGGGUAAGAGGCAAAUCAAAAUUGCUACAUUUCGGUCACCGGCUUAUCCUUUAUCUAAAGCACUUUAGGGAUUCGGAGGAAACAGAAAGUUUCCUCAAGUCAAUGCUUGUUGAUGUGGUGGAUCUGUUGGACCGGUAUUUCUACACUAAAUCCUCUGCAUCUGAACAGCACAAUCAGGAGGAACUGGAGGAACAAGCUCUGAUCGACUUGUUUCGUUCAGAGAAUGUUUCGGCAGUUCCACCUCUUCGAAAUGCGGAUCCAGGUGCAGCCGUUUCAGUGAGUACUACUGCUUCAGGAAUUCCUGCAGUAGCUAACCAGUUUGAAGGCAGCGACUGUAUACGCUCUUUACUAGCUCGCAUUAAUGAGUUGGAAGCGAAAAUGGCCAGGAUGGGAACACCGUGUGAAGAAGAAGCUCAGCACAAUGAAACGGAGCUUCCGAGUAGAAGUUCACAGCCACUGGUGGGUGCGCCACCAGUUCUUCAAGUUUCUUCAGCUCCUCAUUCCUCUUUCACACCUUUUCCGGGAUUCUCGCAAGGAUUGAGCUCUUCAGUAGCUGCCAAUCCUUCUAGGCCGAUUACUAGUGUAACUUUUUCGUUACCGCAAAGUCAUCCUACUGCACAGCCGCAGCCACCUUCAUCGUGGCACAGCUACCUUCAGAACCAUCAACAGCCGUUUCAACCUCCGAUCACCAACGCAUGGUUAGGAUUCCCUGGUACCUCUACCGUACCAUCACGGAAUCCUGUUCCGGGGUCCGCGGCUAUGAACCUUGGACAUCCUGGGAAUCCAUGGCUUGGAAAUCCCACUUUUACUACUCCGCCGGUCAAUCCAUGGGCUGGAACCUCAGUUCCCAUAUCAACCCCAUUCGCUCAUCCUUCGCUCGCUUCGUUGAGUCCAUUGCCUCCGAGCAACCUGGCGCGGCACAGCUUGCCGGUGUCCAAGUGGACAAUCACGAAAUACGAUGGUGAAGAUCAAGGGUUGAAAUUGAAUCAAUUCCUAGGAAUGGUUCACGCCAUGGCCGUCGCAGAACAUGCUUCGGAAGCUGAACUAUUUGAUUCGGCGAUCCACCUUUUCAAAGGGCCAGCAUUGCAGUGGUAUAUGACCAUGCGUGCCACAGGUCGUCUGGUGAACUGGCAGCAUUUGGUUCUAGAACUCAGGAGGACUUUCAUGCACCCUGAUCUAGACACGCUAAUCAAAAUGAAGGUGUAUCAGCGACACCAGUCACGAAACGAGACCUUCCUACAGUUCUAUCACGGCAUGGAGGAGCUCUUCGGGACAAUGAGUGUUCCCUUACCGGAACACGAGAAAGUCCAAAUCCUUCUUCAGAAUAUGAGGAUUGAUUACAAAAAGCAACUCAAUUUCCUCCCUAUUGCUGAUCUUCCGACACUUGUGUCUGCUGGUCAGAAGAUCGAUGCCGUGAACUUCUCAGUCUACAACAAGGUUUUUGGACCUGAGAAGUCGGUUAACGUAGUAGAGUACUCGGAACCGAAGAAAUGCUUAUCCCAGGAUAAGCCCAAUAAAUCCCCUACUCCACAUCAACAAGCAUCGUCGAGAAAUACGAAGGCCCACUCUCCUCCACAGACCAAUCAGAAUCGGAAGGGUUCCGAAACCGGAACCGAUACUUCCCGUGGACCAGCUAGGGCACCAACCACCUUGGAAGACAUGAUCAAGUCUCAUAAACCCUUAUCCAGCCGCCAUUGUUUCAACUGCGGCUUAUUUGGGCACCGAAUGGACCAGUGCAGACUUCCUAGGGGAGUCCUGUGCGAAAACUGUGGUUUUAGAGGCUAUCCGACAAAUAAUUGUCCAUAUUGCGUAAAAAACGCCUUAGCAGCGAGCCAAAACCGCCGCCCGCUGAACCCAAACUAUUAA